AUGGUUUACUGUCGGAGCAUUAUAGCCGCCGCCCUCGUGGCGAGCGUCGCCCUCGGCGCCACCACUUCGACGCCAUCUGCAAGGGAGUCCGCACAGCCCUCUGCCACCGCCGCCCCCGAGCCGAAGGCGUUUGGGCCGUCGAGUGAGUGCCACAAGUACCACAUCUUUGCGGUCCGGGGAAGCAGUGAACCGUAUCCGGGACGGAUGGGCCGGCUGCUCCAGUCGCUGUGCCAAGAACUCGGCGAGGAAGACUGCGGCUAUGAGGAUGUUCAGUAUCCGGCCAACUCGAGUUACGAUGGACCGGGUUUGUUCUGCCAGAGCGCAUCGACGGGGGCCAGAAAUGGGCAGCGCCAGAUGAAGGAGUAUUCCGAGCGGUGCCAAGAUUCGGGCUUGAUGUUGCUCGGAUAUAGCCAGGGUGCAAGUGUUGCCGGGGAUAUCUUGGGUGGCGGUGGCGGCUUUAUCUAUGGAUGCGAACAGCCUGAGAACCCACCGCUCAACCGGACCUCACGGCCGGGCAGCAAGGUCAUUGCGGCUGUGACUUGGGGCGCGGUCCGACACACGGCAAACCAGACGUAUAACCAGGGAGAAGGAUCAUCGUACGACGGCAUUCUGCCUCGUUCCGGUGAGCAGCUUGAAGCGCUCAAGCAGUAUUCGAGAAUCUAUCGUGACUGGUGCAACUACGGGGAUGCGGUAUGUGCCGUUGAGUCUCAGAAAAUCGCAAGCGCAGAAGAUGCCGACCCCCUGCCGCACUGGAACUACUUUGAUGGAAACAACAGCGAUUCGGCCAAGGAGUGGAUCCUGGACACUGUCAGGAAUGGUGGCGAUACCUCGACGGAUGAUGAGAAGUCAGAGAAUGACGAGGUUUCGUCUCAAGGGAAGCCCGAGCCUGAAGACCAGCAGGAUUCGGGCGCCAAUGAACGCAGGAUCCAAGGCACGACGUGGGUGGCUUUGACGUCGGCAGUUUUGCUCUCUGUCUGGUGUCUGUAA